UAUUCUAAACAUGUGCAAACUCCAAAUCUGUUAGCCAGCUAGCAUCCACGGGUGUCGGGUAGCUCGCUUGCUAACUGCUAACUGCUACAAACAAAUAACAAGCUAACAAAAUAGUCUAGCUCCAACAUAACAUUGCCAUGAAUGAGUGAACAACGUGGGUAGUGGCACAUGCAGAUGUUGAUUGUCGUUUACUGAGUGUCACCCUGUUGUUGACUACCGCUAUUUGAAAUGGCUCUGAACGAAAUGGUUGCUAACUAAGCCAGCGGUGUCAACUGUUAGCUACAGCUAGCUUAGCUAACGGUCUUAGCGUCAUUGUUAGCAGGCGCUACAACGGCGCAGACAGUUGGUCAUGCCUACCAAGGCGAGGGGAUGACAUUUAGUGCUAGCAGCAUCGUCUCUGCUCGCUAAACCUGGUUACAUACUUGGAUGCUGGCUGACCUAGUUUUUCAUGCUAACAAGUUGACAACCAAGAAGCAAAGCUCGUCAGUGUUGUGUUACCUGUAGCUAUCUGGGUCUGCUGUUAGCUUGACUAGCAGAGAGGGGAGAGAGCGCCACGGAUCUCAAGGACCAGAUUGCACACUGAACUUUUUACCUCUCGGACAGCUCGCCAGGGACCAUGCUGACCAUCCUAGCUGCUGGGUCUGUGUUCUUUCCAGGCCUUUUCCUUCUGUCCAAACAAUGCCUGAAGUCAAUCCCAGCACUGCGAUGGAGCGAAGGAGAUGCGGUCAUUGUGUCUGCCAGGUUGGUGUCGUCCGUUCAGGCAGUCAUGGCUUCUUCAGCUGGCUACAUCAUUGCUUCUUCCUGCGAGGACAUCAUCGAGGACCAGCAUUGGCUGACCUGCUCUUACAUCAUGUUCGCCGUUCCCUACUUCGUCUACGACAUCUACGCAAUGUUCAUGUGCUACUGGUACAAGAUGCAGGUCAAAGGGCACGAGGAGGCCACGGCAGCACCCCAGCACAUGAGCUCAGCUCUGACCAGCUACCUGCGUCGCGAGUUCCUCAUGGUGCUGCACCACGUUGUCAUGGUCACCGUCUGCUUCCCUGUCUCUGUGUUUUGGCGACAAGGAAAGGGAGAUUAUUUCCAGGGUAUAAUGUUCAUGGCUGAGCUCAGCACUCCCUCUGUCUGCUUAGGAAAAAUCCUCAUCCAGUACAAACAGCAACACACUCUCCUGCACAAAGUGAAUGGGGCUCUUAUGCUGAUCACUUUUUUCAUCUGUCGAGUCCUCCUCUUCCCUUACCUCUACUACGUCUAUGGAAGGUACGCGUCCAUUCCCUUCCACAUGGUCCCCCUGUCGGUGCCCUGGCACUGUAACCUUGGCGCCGCUCUGCUCAUGGCGCCCCAGCUCUACUGGUUCUCCCUGAUCUGCAGGGGAGCCCUGCGGCUAUUCAUGGGCACCUCCCGCUCUCAGAGACCACAUGCGAGCACGGCGGCAGCCAAGGAGCGGCAGACGGAUGGCAACGCACUGCCACAGCCUUCCAACGGCUACAGCGCGCGCCCCACAGAGCCCGAGCUGGCCACUCACUGAGAAGAAUGGCAGGGGGAGGGUGGGGAGGGAAAGGAAGGCGAAUGUACCAAUGAGUAUGUAAAGGAAGGAAAGCUUUUGAGGGAAAAAGCGAGACUUGAAACAAGUAGCAAUAUAGAGAAAGCUACAGACGACGGCCUCAAAGAGUGCUGAAGUGUUUGUGUCCAGCAAUCUAACAGCUGGGUGUUUGGUUGCUGGCCUUCAGGCACUUCAGCUUCUCAGUUUGUAGGAAACAGAGUGUUAGUGCACUCAGUAUUUAAAGAUGUCAUCGGGCACUGUGACAGAUAGGAACAUGCACUGACCUGAGAGGAAUUUGCCUGGAUGUAUAGCAAGCAUAGAUGGCUACUUCCCUCAUGUAGAUCAAAUUCAGUCCUCUCUGCCUCACAGUACAGGAAGAGCAGGAAAAUAGGAAUGUAUUAUAUUGUAUGUUAGUACAUUUGCUGUAGAUGGAAGGCCUGAUUCAGUUUAGUAAUGGAGACGACCUUCAAAAAAGAAAAAAAAUCCCGGCUAAGCAGUAUUUUGACUUGUUAGUGUUUAUUAUCUGUAUCCUCUAUGUAGUCACUGUCACUCUAACAAAAUGUAACCAACCUGCAGACCGACUCACCUUUAGAAGGGAGAUAAUCUCAUAUGACUGUAUUCUGCUGCCUUAUCCCUUUCCCCCCCAUUUUUUGCAGUUUCUUAAAGUUUUUAAUUUAUUUUAACCCUCAGAGGAGAAGGAAGAGGCUCCCUCGGACAGAAAAAUGUGACGGGUGUACAUAGCCGAUGUAAAAUUGUCCUUAUUUCCACGUCAGUAUUAGGUCAAUGUUGACUUUUCUUUUUUUAUGUUUAGGGUUUUGUCUCAGUUCUGCAUCCCAUUUUUAAACAAUGGCGUCUUAGCACAUACAAAUCAUUUCACACUUUUCCAGCUUAGUGUACACAAACCACCCCCCCAAACGUUGACGGCAGCGCUUCUCGUUUCAGUGUAGAUAUGACCUCAUUCCAUUUACUGGUAUCACAAAGUGUUUUUUGCAUUCAAGGAAGUGAUGCACAGUAGCAGUCACUUUACAUGUGUUUUAUUUUUUUUUUAUAGUUUGGUGCUGAUGUGAAUCUCUAAAUAUCCAUCUGAUUGGCUGGAAUAUUUCAUUAAGGGAUCCAUGAGAUUUGAGUAUAUUUAGCUUCGUUAGAGAACUUCUUAUGUUGCAGUUUGAAGGGAAACAAAAGUGAAAUCUUGUAAGGAAGCAUACACUUGUGAUUGACAUGCAGCAAAUUUGUCCAUGGCAACUUAUUUUCCUAAUUAUUUUUUUAACCACAAACUGUCUAAACCAUUUAAAUUGUAUGAUUUGCUUCUAUUCACUAAGCCGUUUAUUUGAGCCACUGGUUCCAUGAACCUUCCGUGAACAAAAUGUUAGCUCUUUAUCAUUUAAGGUCUGUUUUAAAGCAGCUUCACUGUCCUGCAAAUGGGUCUUAAAAAAUUAAGAAAAAAAAAAAAAAAAAAAACCAGCUCAGAAACCAUACCAACAGGGCAGCGUGUGCCAAAUCAUCUGGACAACUGUGGGCAUGUUGAACACAGAACAUCCAUUCCCCUGUUCCAUGAACUCAUGAAGUACUGCUUCUUGACAAUACUAAACCAUUUCAACUGAUGUACUGUAUAUUCCACAAAAUGCUCGUUAUUUAUUUGUAAGUAUUUAUUUAUUUAUUUAUUUGGUUUGUGGUUUUUGAAUGCAUAUUUAUGCAUACAUAUUAAACUAUAUGCUUCUGAGCCUUAUGUGAAGGCUGUAUUGUUACUCAAACUUAGCUAAAAUAUACUUCUCUGUCCUGA